CUGGAACCGAGUAGCUGCAUUUUUGAAACGUUGGGGUUAUUGGAGUGGUUGGAUUUUCCCUGGAAUUGAGUGAGAAAUUCAGAAGACUGAAGCCCAGGCUUACAGUCUACCUUUCACGGAGGCCUAGCCGUGAGAGGACAGAAGAAGGCACGUGGCGAAUCAUGACAGCUGACAAAGACAAAGACAAAGACAAAGAGAAGGACCGGGACCGAGAUCGGGACCGAGAAAGAGAUAAAAGAGACAAAGCAAGAGAGAGUGAGAAUUCACGGCCACGCAGGAGCUGCACCUUGGAAGGAGGAGCCAAAAAUUAUGCUGAGAGUGACCACAGUGAAGAUGAGGACAAUGACAACAAUAGUGCCACCACUGAAGAGUCCACCAAGAAGAACAAGAAGAAACCACCGAAAAAAAAAUCUCGUUAUGAAAGGACAGAUACUGGUGAGAUAACAUCCUACAUCACUGAGGAUGAUGUUGUCUACAGACCAGGAGACUGUGUGUAUAUCGAGAGUCGGAGGCCAAACACACCGUAUUUCAUCUGUAGCAUUCAAGACUUCAAACUGGUCCACAACUCCCAGGCCUGUUGCAGAUCUCCAACUCCUGCUUUGUGUGACCCCCCAGCAUGCUCUCUGCCGGUGGCAUCACAGCCACCACAACAUCUUUCUGAAGCCGGGAGAGGGCCUGUAGGGAGUAAGAGGGACCAUCUACUCAUGAACGUCAAAUGGUACUACCGUCAGUCUGAAGUUCCAGAUUCUGUGUAUCAGCAUUUGGUUCAGGAUCGGCAUAAUGAAAAUGACUCUGGAAGAGAACUUGUCAUUACAGACCCUGUUAUCAAGAACAGAGAGCUCUUCAUUUCUGAUUAUGUUGACACAUACCAUGCUGCUGCACUUAGAGGGAAGUGUAACAUCUCCCAUUUUUCUGAUAUAUUCGCUGCUAGAGAAUUCAAAGCCCGAGUGGAUUCGUUUUUCUACAUCUUAGGCUACAACCCUGAGACAAGGAGGCUGAACAGUACUCAGGGGGAAAUUCGUGUUGGUCCUAGCCAUCAGGCCAAACUUCCAGAUUUGCAGCCAUUUCCUUCUCCAGAUGGCGAUGCUGUGACCCAGCAUGAGGAGCUGGUCUGGAUGCCUGGAGUGAAUGACUGUGACCUCCUUAUGUACCUGAGGGCAGCAAGGAGCAUGGCGGCAUUUGCAGGGAUGUGCGAUGGAGGCUCCACGGAGGAUGGCUGUGUCGCUGCAUCUCGGGAUGACACAACCCUCAAUGCGCUGAACACACUACAUGAGAGCGGUUACGAUGCUGGCAAAGCCCUGCAGCGCCUGGUGAAAAAGCCUGUUCCCAAGCUCAUUGAGAAGUGCUGGACUGAAGAUGAAGUGAAACGCUUCGUUAAAGGACUCAGGCAGUACGGGAAGAACUUCUUCAGAAUUAGAAAGGAGCUGCUUCCCAAUAAGGAAACAGGGGAGCUGAUCACCUUCUACUACUACUGGAAGAAAACCCCGGAAGCAGCCAGCUCCCGAGCCCAUCGCCGGCACCGCAGGCAGGCUGUGUUCAGGAGGAUUAAGACUCGGACUGCGUCCACACCAGUUAACACGCCCUCCAGGCCCCCCUCCAGUGAAUUCCUAGACCUGAGUUCAGCCAGCGAAGAUGACUUCGACAGCGAGGACAGCGAGCAGGAGCUGAAGGGGUACGCCUGCCGCCACUGCUUUACCACCACCUCCAAGGACUGGCACCACGGGGGCCGAGAGAACAUCCUGCUGUGCACCGACUGCCGCAUCCACUUCAAGAAGUACGGCGAGCUGCCGCCCAUCGAGAAGCCGGUGGACCCCCCACCGUUCAUGUUCAAGCCCGUCAAGGAAGAGGACGAUGGGCUCAGUGGGAAGCAUAGCAUGAGGACACGGCGGAGUCGGGGCUCGAUGUCUACACUACGUAGUGGUCGGAAGAAGCAGCCUGCCAGCCCUGAUGGUCGUGCCUCUCCCAUCAAUGAAGACAUCCGCUCCAGCGGCCGCAACUCGCCCAGUGCCGCGAGCACCUCCAGCAACGACAGCAAAGCGGAGCCGGUGAAGAAGACCGCCAAGAAGGUGAAGGAGGAGGCCUCAUCCCCUCUCAAGAGCACCAAGCGCCAGCGGGAGAAGGUGGUGUCUGACACAGAGGAGACUGACAGGUCCAGCUCCAAGAAGACAAAAACCCAGGAGAUCAGCCGGCCCAACUCACCCUCGGAAGGGGAGGGAGAGAGCUCAGAUAGCCGCAGUGUCAACGAUGAGGGCAGCAGUGACCCCAAAGACAUCGACCAGGACAAUCGAAGCACGUCACCGAGCAUCCCCAGCCCUCAGGACAACGAGAGUGACUCGGACUCCUCAGCUCAGCAGCAGACGCUGCAGGCCCAGCCCUCAGCCAACUCGGCUCCCCCGACAGCCGCGCCAGGAGCAGCGCAGCUCCCCGAACCCGAGAGCCCCCCGCCCCCCCCGAGGAGCCCAUCCCCGGAGCCCACUGUGGUGGACACCCCUAGCCACGCCAGCCAGUCCGCCAGGUUUUACAAGCACCUGGACCGGGGCUACAACUCGUGUGCGAGGACAGACCUGUACUUCAUGCCUUUGGCCGGGUCCAAGCUCGCCAAAAAGAGGGAGGAGGCCAUCGAGAAGGCCAAGCGGGAGGCGGAGCAGAAGGCCCGAGAGGAGCGGGAGCGGGAGAAGGAGAAGGAGAAGGAGCCCUUCGCGCCCCCUCCGCCCACCAUCGCUGCCGUGCCCCCCUACAUCGGGCCCGACACCCCGGCUCUGCGGACACUGAGCGAGUAUGCACGACCCCACGUCAUGUCUCCCACCAACCGCAACCACCCCUUCUACAUGCCCCUGAACCCCGCCGACCCCCUGCUGGCUUACCACAUGCCCGGCCUCUACAACGUGGACCCCACCAUCCGCGAGCGGGAGCUCCGGGAGCGCGAGAUCCGCGAGCGGGAGAUCCGAGAGCGCGAGCUGCGGGAGCGCAUGAAGCCGGGCUUCGAGGUGAAGCCCCCGGAGCUGGAUCCCCUACACCCGGCCACCAACCCCAUGGAGCACUUCGCGCGGCACAGCGCCCUCACCAUCCCCCCUUCGGCCGGCCCCCACCCCUUCGCCUCUUUCCACCCGGGCCUGAACCCCUUGGAGCGGGAGAGACUGGCCUUGGCGGGCCCGCAGCUGCGGCCAGAGAUGAGCUACCCUGACAGACUGGCGGCCGAGCGCAUCCACGCCGAGCGCAUGGCGUCACUCACCAGCGACCCCCUGGCCCGGCUGCAGAUGUUCAACGUGACCCCCCACCAUCACCAGCACUCCCACAUCCACUCCCACCUCCACCUCCACCAGCAGGAUCCCCUUCACCAAGGCUCAGCAGGCCCGGUUCACCCCUUGGUUGACCCCCUGACAGCUGGCCCUCACCUGGCUCGCUUCCCCUACCCACCUGGAACCCUCCCCAGCCCUCUGCUAGGACAGCCCCCCCAUGAGCACGAGAUGCUGCGCCACCCCGUAUUUGGUACCCCCUACCCCCGAGACCUGCCCGGGGCCAUCCCCCCUCCCAUGUCGGCAGCCCACCAGCUGCAGGCCAUGCACGCCCAGUCCGCUGAGCUGCAGAGACUGGCCAUGGAGCAGCAGUGGCUGCACGGACACCCCCACAUGCAUGGGGGCCACCUACCAAGUCAGGAGGAUUAUUACAGUCGACUGAAGAAAGAAGGUGACAAGCAGUUAUAAGUUAUUUAUUUGUUAAUGCUGGCUGUGGAAACUCCAAUUCUUGGGGCGGGGGAGAAACAGGACUUUUUACAUA